AUUGUAUAUAUUGUAAUUAAAAAUUUAUCUUUGACAAUAAAAUUAAAUUCCAAUAAGAUUUAUUUGUAAAAUAAAAUAUUAAGGGAUUCUACAGGCAAAUUAUAGUAUUAUGUAAGUACUAUAACUACAGUUUUGAUUGAACUGAAAAAAAGGUUGAUAACAACUGUCUGUUAGAUUUAAACUGUUUGAAUAAAAUGGGAAAAUAUGUAUUCCUACUUCAUUCACAGGCGAACAGUCGGCAGAAAAUGAUCAAAAUGUUUAUAAGAAAUUUACUUUUACUACUUUGUUUAAGUAAUUUACUUUUAGCUGAUUCUUGGAGAAAACCUGGGUGCCAUAGAAUGGGUCACACCAAGACAAUUAGUAUACCCGACUGCGUAGAGUUUAAAAUAACGACUAAUGCAUGCAGCGGGUACUGCGAGUCGUGGUCACUGCCGAGCAUUAUGUUGGGCUUCAAACGACACCCCGUAACUUCACUUGGACAGUGCUGCAAUAUUAUGGAAUCGGAAGACAUUCCUGUGAAAGUGUUAUGUUUGGAUGGAGAAAGAAACUUAAUUUUUAAGUCUGCAGUUACUUGUGAUUGUUACCAUUGCCAAAAAGAAUAGCUUUACAAUUAUAAACUAAUGAGUCGGCAACUACAACUAUCAUAAAAAUUAGCUAUAAUACAACUAGGAACUUAAUAAUAAUAAUUCUGACAAUUUAGUGUAACUUGCCAUUUUAUUUGUAAAUUGUAUACUGAAAUUAGGUUUAUGAAAAUAAUUGUAAUGAAAUAAGAUAAUGCAAAUAAACAUAUCGAAUGGGU